AUGGAGCAUGCGAACAAGUCAGGCGUUCAGCGCUGGAAAGCGUUACCUCCGGCGGCUGACUCGGUUCUGGAGUGCAUCGGGGGUACGCCGCUCGUACGGCUCUCGCGAGUUGAACGUGCGCUCGAUGUUGCAUGUAAGUUGUACGGCAAGUGUGAGUUCUUGAACGCUGGUGGAAGCGUGAAAGAUCGCAUCGCGGUCCGCAUGCUUCUCGAAGCGGAACGACAGGGGCGAAUCAAACCCGGUGACACGUUGAUCGAGCCCACGAGUGGCAAUACUGGCAUCGGAAUCGCCCUUGUUGCAGCUGUUCGGGGUUAUCGCUGCAUCAUUACCAUGCCAGAGAAGAUGAGCGAGGAGAAGGUGAACAUUCUCAAGCUUUUGGGCGCUGAAAUCGUUCGCACACCCACUGAGGCAGCCUUCGACUCGCCCGAUAGCCACAUUUCAGUGGCGCGCAGGCUCACCGCUGAGAUACCCAACUCUUUUAUCCUGGACCAGUAUCAGAACCCGGAGAAUGUCUUGGCACAUUAUCACGGGACAGCUGCUGAAAUUCUAGAGCAAGUUCCGGAAGGCCGAGUCGACGUGUUUGUGGCGGGUGCCGGCACCGGAGGCACCAUCACCGGGUGCGCUCGUCGCUUCAAGGAGCAAGCGCCCGCCACCAAAAUCGUUGGUGUAGAUCCAGAGGGUUCCAUCCUUGCCCAGCCGGAGGCACUGAAUGCAAAAGGUGUCCAUUCGUAUGCGGUUGAAGGCAUAGGAUACGAUUUCGUUCCGGGAGUUUUGGAUCGCUCGCUGGUGGACCUCUGGGUGAAGACCAGUGAUCGCGAGUCCUUCUGUGCUGCACGUCAACUGAUAGCGCUCGAGGGGCUUCUGGUCGGUGGCUCAAGUGGAGCAGCACUCGUUGGGGCGUUACGCGCCCUCGACCAGUUAGACCUACGCCAACGCACUGAUGUCGUGGUUGUGCUCAUCCUGCCCGACAGUUGCCGUAACUAUAUGAGCAAAUUCGUUUCAGAUUCGUGGAUGAUGAAGCAUGGAUUUCUCGAUGACGUGACGCCGCGAGAGCUUUGGGAAGCGUAUCCGGUCUCUCGUUUGCCGCUGCAGGUCCCGGUCACCGUUUUGCCGUCGGUCAGCUGUGGAGACGCGGUCAAAGUGCUCGCUGAGAACGGCGUCGAUCAGUUGCCCGUGGUGGCUGAAGGGGAGAUUCUCGGUGUUGUGACGGAGGGCAACCUCAUGGCGCAGCUUGUUUCAAAGCGCGUAUCGCCGAACGAUCCGGUUUCCAAGGUCAUGUUUCGACAGUAUGCGAGCAUCACGCCGUCCACAACGUUGGGCGAACUCUCACGCCUUUUCAAAUUCGAUCAUUUUGCGAUUGUCUCAGCAGCGCAGCGGGAGUAUCGAAAUAACGGGGAAUGUGUCCUGAAAAAGAUCGUGCUAAGCGUCUGCACACCGAUUGACCUGCUGAGCUUCCUCGUCAAGGCCGGAUUUGAGCCUCCGGAGGCAGCGUCGUCGCAGUCACCAGUACCGUUGCGAACCCGUCGGCAGCAUGAAUCGAAUCACGUCGAUGCUUGCCUGAACGCGUAA